UUUCCCUCUUGCACGUACCAUGCCAUGAUGAUGCGGAAAGCAUCUCCUGAUACCUUUCUGAACAGUUAUAUUGUGAUAGGAGCAGUCGAACAUCAGGAGACGCUUCCUUCAUCAGUAAUGUAACCUUGUGACUUUUGGCUGGAUAAAACCACAGAGGUUGCUCCCAUUGCAGAAUUAUGAUUUUACCAUUGUUAAACUGCUAUUAUCAUGAGCACUAAAAAUUAUGUAAGUUGCAAUAGAGCCUGUAGGCCAAGUCAUCUGAUGUCACAUAUAAAUCUCCCCCUCUGAAUCUUAUUUAUUCUCCAUCUCUGAGCAAGAACGAGGUCAUGUACAGUAGGACAUGUCCCUUGAUGGAAGCAUUAAGCACAACUGACAGCAAGCUCUUAAUUAUAGAGCAGAAAUCCCAUUUGGCUGGAGACAAGCUUUUUAUUUAUGAAACGGUGAUGAGGUAUUUAAGGAAGAGGAGCCGCUGCCAGUUCUUUGUGACUGUAUCGGAGUAGCCUGCUUGCUAUUGUCUGCCAGCUUCUAAUAGGCCGACCUGUAAUACUUCCUUCAACUUGUCCUUUUUCAUUGAGGUGCAGAAGGGAGAGAAGACAGGGAAAGAUCGGAUUGGGCUUGUUUGCCUGCCAGGAAAAACAGCCCCGCAAUUCAUGGGAACAUUUCAAUCCUAACACUUGGCUCCGAUUCCAUUCCCAUUCAUGCUGUGCUGCUUCCAGAGUAUGAGAGGCGCUGGUUCAGAGCCCAGUUUCAUCUUGGACCUGCUAUUGUGACAUUUCUGAAUUGAUAAUGGGUUGUCUCGCUCCGUGGCCAUGGCAGCUCCGUCCCCAACAUUCCGGAAUGCCAGUUACUGUGUCAGCCAUGUGGUCUAUUCUGCUGGGUCCUCCCAUGUCCAUAAGGGCGAAUCAAUGAGGCAAUGUGAGCGGCACCCGGCUGGACCUCCUGAGCUUAUGAAUAAAAGACUUUGUGUUUCUUCACAAGAAUCCAGAAUGGGUAAUAUAUGUCUUCAAAGGCGCAUCAGCAGCUGAGGCUGAGCAAAUCUCCCAGGAUCCCGUGGGGGAGCAUGUAUAAGAGGAAUGGCCUAAUGGCCAGUGUGACAGUCAGGGGUGCUACGCCAGAGGGCAGCAGUAGUUCAGACUCUAUGGAUGGACCGAGUUCGGACUAUGCCAGUAAAAGUUAUGAUGCCGUGGUGUUUGACGUGUUGAAAGUGACUCCUGAGGAGUUUGCUAGUCAGAUUACACUGAUGGAUGUGCCAGUGUUCAAAGAGAUCCUUCCAGAGGAACUCUCCAGUUGUGGUUGGAACAAAAAAGAAAAGCGUAUCCUCGCCCCAAAUGUUGUUGCCUUUACAAGACGAUUCAACCAGGUCAGCUUCUGGGUCGUUCGAGAGAUUUUAACAGCACAGACGUUGAAAAUUAGAGCAGAAAUACUGAGCCAUUUUGUCAAGAUUGCGAAGAAACUUCUGGAACUGAACAACCUCCAUUCUCUGAUGGCCGUGGUGUCAGCGUUACAAAGUGCCCCAAUAUUUCGGCUGAACAAGACCUGGGCUCUUCUGAACCGAAAGGACAAGACGACCUUUGAGAAGUUGGAUUAUCUGCUGUCCAAAGAGGAUAACUGCAAGCGCAUGCGGGAGCACAUACGAAGCUUAAAGAUGGUCCCUUGUAUCCCCUACUUAGGAAUCUACCUUUUGGAUAUAAUCUACAUCGACUCCGCCUACCCGGCAUCCGGCAGCAUUAUGGAGAACGAGCAGCGGACCAAUCAGAUGAACAAUAUCCUGCGAAUCAUCGCAGAUUUACAAGUCUCCUGCAUAUACGAUCACCUUGUGACGCUGCCUCAUGUACAGAAGUAUCUCAAGUCCGUCCGGUAUAUUGAAGAGCUCCAAAAAUUUGUUGAAGACGAUAAUUAUAAACUGUCGCUAAGAAUCGAGCCGGGAAACAGUUCUCCUCGCUUGGUGUCCUCCAAAGAAGACCUAGCAGGUCCCUCUGAGAUGGCGGCCACAAUGCGAUUCAACAGGAGACCAACUUGCCCUGAUGCGUCAGUGGCCACCAACCUCCCAACUCCGCCUGUAUCCCGCCAUAGAAAGAGCCACAGCCUGGGAAACAAUGUCAUGUGUCAGUUCAGUGUGGUUGAGAGUAAAAGUGCCACAUUUCCAUCAGAGAAACAGCGCCACCUGCUGGACGAUAGUGUCCUAGAGUCACAGAGCCCUGUCAGGAAUCAAUCUCAGACCCCGAUGUUUACCAAUGGUAUUUCCUUAGGGAGCAGUGAAAGCUCGGAAUUCAGUGAAGAUGUAUCAGCUGGGCUUGACAGGGGUCGAUUGUAUGCCACCUUGGGACCCAACUGGCGGGUUCCUGUUCGGAAUUCUCCCAGAAGUCGCAGCUGUGUUUACAGCUCUACGAGAUCGGAGCGGGCCAGCGCUUGGAUACACACGGGAAUGGCGACCGUACGUCCCACAGGUGCAUACAGCUCCUUCGUGGGAAGCUCACCUGGAGCCAUUGCCAUGGAGGGAUCACUCCGUAGGAAAACUCUGCUGAAAGAAGGGAAAAAGCCAACGCUUGCUUCCUGGACAAGGUACUGGGUGACCCUUUCUGGUUCAAUGCUCCUCUACUUUGGGCCAAAGUCUUUAAGAGGCAAUGAACGGAAACAUUACAAAUCGACACCUAGUAAAAAGGUGUCUAUACUCGGCUGGAUGGUGGUACUGCCGGAUGAUCCAGAACAUCCUAACAUUUUCCAACUCAAUAACCCAGAUAAAGGCAAUGUUUACAAGUUCCAGACCAGCUCCAGGUUCCAUGCGAUACUGUGGCAUAAACAUCUGGAUGACGCCUGUAAAAGUACCCGGCCUCCAGUGCCAGCUAACCUCAUGUCUUUCGAGUGAGUGGUUUGGUCCAUUUUGGAAUUGAAGUGCCAAAUUACCCAGCCAAAGUGGAUUUAUAUUGAAGGCAACAUCGCCUGAAACAUUUUGCCCCUAUGGAGUAGACAAGCCCUUCUUUGCGUCACUAUAAACUUGACAUCCAAGAUGGAGGCGAUGGAGAGCGGGACAACAAGUGAUGGUAAAGCAGCCCCUAUUGGAUGAAAGGACAUGAUAUCAUUUUACAAACUGUUCUUCUGAACUGUGAAGCUGCUUGAUGUACUGGAACAACCUUUUGGCCCAUGUUGGGUUUAAACCUCCUUUUGAUGGACAUGAUAUUAACAGUGUUACGGAUAAUGAAGUGUCAAAACCGCAUUUUUUUUCUAAGUCGACUUGCACUGAUUCGCUCUGCAUUGUGGUGGCCUCCGCCUUUUGUAGGAAAGAAGAAGAUGAGGAGAACCCACUUUGGCUACACCCCCCUCAAUGUUUUGUGAUCAGUACCAAAUCCAUGGAUUGCGGCACAAACUGCCGACUGUAAAUACAGUAAAUAGGCCUUUAACUUAAUUUUUUUAAUUCAAAAGACACAAAUUAUUAUUGUAUCAUUUUCUUUGUGUAAUGAACUUGCCUGCGAUGUAACAUAACGAGAUGUUAUUUUUAUUUACUACAUUAGUAUGAGAACAUAGGGGCCUGUUGGACCCAUUGAAGAUAACUCUAGUUUAUCUGGCAUAAUUUUUUUAUUGUGUGUGAGUGUAUUAUUUAUACUGGAGAAUGUGGCUUUGAAACAGGCGUGGGGUGCGUAUACAUGAAGGGGCAUCCGGGGGGGUACAAACGUUUACAAUCGUCCCACCUGGAAACCUCACACCAGCAAGGAGAAUAAUCCAUGUUACAGACGGCAGUUCUACAUGUCAGAGUUACGCAUGGUAAAAGCCUAAACUUACCCCAAAACUGAGCUUCUACCCCCAAAUAGAUUUACACUGUAUUUAUAAUGACUGUUUAUGACUUAGAUUGUAAGCUCCACUGGGGCAGGGACUGAGGGAAGCGCUCUAUAAUCUUGUUCAAGUGGUGAAGAAUAUGUCGGGAAUUGUGGGUAGGCAGAAGAGGCAGGGGCCUAGGUCAUAAAGGAUGGGGAACCCUGGGAUCCCAGGCACCUACAGCUCAAAGGGGCGUUAGAUGAGCAGCAAGUGGUGCCAGAGGGAGAGGAAAAAGUUCCCCCGGAGUGGAAAGGAGUUGGGGGAGUGGAGAGGAGCUGCAGGGACUUGUUGAGUUGAGCAAGACCAGGAGCAUCUGAGCCAUAGGGCUUUCUUUAUAGCACCCAACCAGGUGAGUUGCCGGGCGGAUCUUCAUAACGACGACACGGACGCCCCAGUGACUGGUUUUACUGUACUGAGUUUACCAAGCCGGUUUGUGGUUAAGGCGCUAAAGCAAAUAUUUUCGCUGCACAUCUCUGUCUUGUUUAACAUUCCUUGGUGAUUUUGGAAUUUGUACACCAAUAAAUGUGAAUUGUAAACUUUG